GCAGUCACAACAACAAAUUAAGGUGGCAAAUGACAUUACAUUUUAGAGCCACAUCGAAUCAAACAUGGGUAAGCUAUCAACAUUUGGUCUGCAACUAGUGGAAGUCAACUGAAUUUAUCCUUGUUCGUGUUUGAUGUGAAUAUAAUCUACGGAUAAAGAAUGACAAAUUUUCCUUGUCAUGUUGGGGAAUUUUUUUCGAUCUGUGCGUAGCAAACUGCCAUUUGCGCUGAGAUUUAGGCCCGCUAUAAUAAGACGGUUUCUGCCGUUCAUUUUUGGAUGCGUCUUUAUCUUUUGCAUGUUCAGCAUAAUCAAGAAAAUAGGAAAGUCUUUCAAAAGUCAUUACGUUGUUGUCGAUUUGCAAGAAAUUAAUUCUCUAAGACUUUACUAUGAUGAAGCUGUUCCUGAAGUCGUACAACAUCCGAAUAAAUUAACGACAGUUGUCUUGCUCUAUCAGCAGUCAAUGAAAUCAAAUACAUGGGAAAGUAUUGGGACAUCGGAAUUCCUGCGCAAAGAAGGUUAUCGUGUUAUAAUCAUUUAUCUGCCAAUACUUUUUUCGGACGCAACACCAUGGCCUACAUACCCCUUGAAGGGAGCCAUUUUGGCUGAAGCUCUGAGGAAAUUGAAUGCAGUUGAAUCAGUUUUGGUUGUACCAUCUUAUACUGGCUCUUAUGGGUUGCCUCUGGUUGUGCGUGGUGGAUAUGCCCUUAAAGGCUUUGUGGCAAUAUCCCCGUCAGAGACAGAUAAGUUCACUGGAAAGGAAUACAGAAUUCUACAGACCCACACUCUAAUUGUAUAUGGUGGUAAUGACAAGAACUUUGGAGCAGGUGCAUUAGAAAAUUUAAAAAUGAUCCCAAACAAAGAAAUUGUAGAGGUGCCAAAUGCUGGACAUUUUUGUCACAUCGAACAAAUGGAAUACUUCCAUGCAAUAUUUCUAAGAUUUUUAAAUGCAUUGAAGUGAUUUCUAAGUCAUAGUUUAUAGGUAUUUGGUCAAGCCAUAGUCAUAUCUCGAGUAUCUGGCAUUCUUACCCAACACAAUUCACAUAGCAUUCAAAGUGUUUACAAAUACGCAUAGUAACAUAUAAAUUGCUCAUGAUAAACAAGAUAGAUGUAGACCUAAAAUUAAUCACAUUUUGUUACUGAAAAAUCAGUUUGAUUAUGGUUAUGUCAUUGUUAAAUACUUUUGGUCCUGCUCAUAUCAUCACAGAUACAGUCUGACAAUGGAUUUCGAUGUUUCUGUUUGUUUUUAUGGUACAUAUUUAUUUUAUAUCUGAUUGGGGCUUUAUUUGCAAGCAUUUCAAUAUGCCCUUGGUAUUUUGUUUGUAUUUGGAUUUCAUCAGUUGAGCCGCCAAAGUGAUUGCACACAAUACAAAUUGGUGUUCUCAAAUGGUGUUAGUUUUGGCCAUUUACAAAUAGACAGAGACAUAUCAUCUUUUGUGCAUGGACAUUUGAAAAUGCAAAAAUGCAUUAGGAUAUAAAUCUGACAUGAUUGUAAAUAUGUUUAAUUCAAUCAAUUAUAUAUAAGAAAUAAAAUGAGAAUUUGAGAAAAAUUUAAAAGCAACCAAUUUCAAGCACAUUGUUUAUUGAAAAUGCCUUUUUAACACAAUGUAAUUUCCAAACAAUUCAAUAAGAAUAAAAAAUGACAUAAUAUAUCUUAUAAAUAGGGCCUCUAUUAAUUUAAUUUCAAAGCAUGGAUUUCAAAGAUUUUUGUCAAGUUUCACAAACUUAUUUCAUAAGUUUAAAGUACAAUCAAUACCUCCAUUGAGGGUUCUAGCCCCGAUGCCCUAGUAAGAGAGAUGUACUCUGCUGAAAGCUUUACUUGUGAAUCCCAACAGUGCUGCAUUUGAUCGUUUGUUUUGGGGUAGUAUGCUUGUUCUUGACUAGCUUAAUAAGUCACUUUUUUUUAUUUGUUUGUACUUGAUAAGGUCAUAUCUUGUCUUGUGAAAAAUUAGAUUAACAGUUAAAAUUUGAGACUUGAUUAAAAAUGAUGUUGAAAGAUAGAUUAUUGUUAAUAGGAAAUAUAUUUUUGUGGAUUUUUGGAUAAUUGCAAACCAUAUUAUUUUCUUUGAUAUAAUUAUGUGUUUAUUAGGAUGGAGUCAAGUUUUCAUGUAUCUUUUCCAGUUGACAUAAAAAUUCAGGUAUGAUAAUUUUAGAGUCAGGAAUUAAAAUCUAUUGCUAAAUAAUUACUGAAAACUAUAACGCCCUUUGUAACACAAUUCAGAGGAGAGAAUACCUAGAUUUUCUCUAUUUGUGGACUUUGUGUUUCUUGAGCUACAUAGAUACCAAACACAGGUGCUUUUUGUAAGACCUUACCUGUCUCCACUUUACUCAGUGGGUGUUUAUUCAGUGGGUACUUUAUACAAAGUGAGUAAAGUGUCCUUUUUCACUAAUGUCCCCCCCCUUUUUUAAGCACAAAAGUAAAAUCGUUUAGCAAAAUAAAAGUGCUGCCCUUAUUAUUGUCUUCCUUUAUUUGGUUUUACGCUGCAUCAGCCCGUUCCUCCAGUAACACAUUUACCGUUUUUAUUUCCAUAGAAAUGUAUUUUUUACUUUAUUCUUAUUAAUUUAGAAUUAACAAAAGUAAAUGAUUAAUUAUAAACAUAAAUCUCAACUUGUGAUUUCUUCACAUUGCUCAACUCAGUACUAAAUUUGAUUGGUUAAUGUUAUUAGAAUAACUUCAUGUUGAAAUUGGUUUAUUUUUUGUCGUCUGUUGCCCCCUAAAACAGGUAUCAGUGCUUUUCAAUCUAAGAUCGCUAAACUUCUGCUACCUUUGGUAAAAAACCAAGGAAAAUAGCAAAAAAUGGCAUUUUUAUUGCGCAUCAGCCAAAAAGAUAUCUGACAUCAGUUUCAAACGCUUUUCUACAAUGAAACCCAACACGUGUGUUCUCCAGAAAAGUUUUUAUUUAUCGGGUGUUGCACAUGGUUGCCAGAUUAACUGGUAUAAGAAUGGAAUCUUGUAGAACGCCUCAACGAUGUAACAGCGUUUGACAAAUUAUGGUUGAUUUCAAAGAGAGGAUCGAAGCAGACUGACUGAUUGACUGACCCAUUAUUGGGGCCCUAAAGCUAGUAAAAAGGGAAAAAGCCUGCCCCUACUUUUGCCAGCCUCGCCCCCCCCCCCACUUUCAAAUUCGUCGAGUAGGCCCUGCUGUAAGUGGGGAUAACAUUAUUUCAUAUUUAUUUAUGAUAUCUUGCCAUUAUUUCAUAUUUCAAAAUUACCAAAUAAAAUAAAGUACUUCGAAAUUGUCAAUUGGUAAUUAGUUAGAGAUAAGCAAUUAGAAAGCAAUAAGGAAAAGAUAACAAAACCAUGCCUAAAAUGUGCACAACGUUUUGAACAAUUACAAGAAAAUGUCUCCAAAAAAUAUUCUGGAAUGUAUUUUUAGCUAAUCUAAAAGGGAUGGUCGCCAUCACAAAAUGCUUUCAAAUAAAACACAUUUCCUGUCCAAAAAGACUUGUUAACAAAUCUUGUAAUGCGUCAAUCUAAGGCAGUAACCAAACACCAAUUCUGCAGCCUAUCUGCUGACAAUUGCUUAAGGAUGGUGCAGAUGAAGUUGUUGAUGUAAUGGAUAAUAAUUAUAAUAAUCACAACCAUCACUAAGAACAUGAUUAGCAUUUCGAUUGUUUAUUGAUUUAAUCACAUAUAGCAAUGAUUACCAAUUAGGGUUAUUUAUUCUGUUGAAAGGCAGAGUUUUUAUAUGGGAAACGAGAGAAAAGCUGGCGAUUUUUAGUGAUCACUACAAUAAUUAUGAUUCUUAUCACGUUUACGAAUUUACUAAAUGUCUUUAUACUGUUGAAAAUGAUGCUAAUGAUAGUGACAACAUGAAUAUGACUUCGCAACUGAUGACAACAAUGACUGUCACUGCUAUUUUAAUCACGACCCUGAUUUCAAUCAUUAUCAUGAUCAUAACCAUUUUGAUAUUUGUGAGAGUGAUAUCGAUGUCACAGACACAAAUGUCCAACAAUGGUGAAAAGUUUGUCAGCUAAAAGCUUGUUUAUACUUUAUGCUGAACGUGAAGCAGCAUAACUGACAGCCUUUUUAAUCAAAGAAUUAAAGAAGAAUGUUUGACUCGGUGGUUAAGAAUUGCAAUAAAAUUCUUUGUCUUUUUGUAGAUUUAAGUCCUAAUUGAAAUGUUAGUUAUGUUAAUUUUCUAGAAUCAAAGUCAGACUAUUUAAACUUUCAAUUUAUAAAUUGUGUCACAACUACAGGUCUGUUUCGUAGUUCAUACAAACAGCGCUAACCACAAGCCAAUAUUUGUAACCUAAACUUAAGCAACAAACACAACAUGAAAACCUUUAAAUUAAAGGUAGCUCAGCCAGUAUGCAAACACCAACCUUACUUGCAACAUCAACAACAUUGUUAGAAUUAUACUGGGAUAAAUGGUUUUACUUACUUGCCGGUAGAUUUUCUUUUAUAAAUACUUUUUGAAGCUUUGUAAGAGACCUGUUCUCCUGUUUUUGAUUUGGUAUAAAGUUAGAUCAGAUAGCAGAUCAUAUCUAAUAGAAACAAUAUCAGAAAUAAAAAUAUCAAAUAGAAAGAAUAUUGGAAAUCAGAAUGCCAAAUACCAAGAAUAUCAUAAAUCAGUGUACCAAAAAGAAAGAACAUCAGAAAUCAGAAUAUCAAAUAAAAAUAAUAUCAGAAUACAGAAUAUCGAAAAGAGAGAAUAUUGGAAAUCAGAAUGCCAAAUACCAAGAAUAUCAGAAAUCAGUGUACCAAAUAGAAAGAACAUCAGAAAUCAGAAUAUCAAAUAAAAAUAAUAUCAGAAUACAGAAUAUCGAAUAGAGAGAAUAUUGUAGCUUCAAAGCAAAUCUGCUACAGAGGAGGGCACGAACUAAUUAGAAAUGAACCCAAACACCACAAAGCAAACCCAACGCUGGCGUUCUUACAAUCUAGAUAAUUGUUCGCUAAAUAAACAAGAUUACAAAAUAGUUGAUAAAUGUAAACAUAAUUAAUUAGCGAGUUCUAGAUGUAAUGUAAUGUAAUG